AUGGUUACCUCCACUGCCGCUGCCGCUAAGAGUGCCUAUCGACAAAUUCUUCGGUCCUCCCAGGUUGCCUUCCGCAAUGAUCUCCCAGUCCUAACCGCUGCGCGCCAAAAAGCGCGCCACGACUUUGAGAAGAACCGUCGCCCGGCCGUCGACACUGGAAUGCAAAUUAACAAUGCGAUCGAGAUUGCGAACAUCCUGCGCCACAACAUCAUUCAAGGCUCGAGGGAGCAAGGAGAUGAAGCUGCUAAGUGGGAACUCAAUAUCCACGACCAGAUCGAACGUGGUGAUAACGACUCUAUCAAAGUCGGCGAUCAGGAUGUUAAGAUUCACAAGGCUUGCUCUUCAUGA